UUAUAUAAUUCUAGUUCACGAUUAUAAAAUCUUAUCCAUGAGAAAUAGUAAAUAUUACAUUCACCAAUAGUGUAAAAUGAUUUUAUUCUACUUUUAAGUAAUAAACUUGUUUUCUGGAUUGAAUGGAUUUGAUCUUUUGAUAAUAUAUUAUAAUUGGAAUCCUUACUAGCCUUUAAGUAAUGCUAGCUUUCCAACAGCAGUUUUGCCAGUGUGGUCCUGUAUUUACAUAUUAACAUUACUCUUGAAUUGAUCUCUAUAUUGAUGAAAGCCAAAUCAAAAUCUGUAACUUAAGAGAUUUAAGCGUUACAUACUUUGUUUUAUAUAGGUACAUAUAUUUAUAUAAUAUUUGUUGCAGGGUACUAAUGAAAUAAAUUUAGUAAACCCCUAUUUAUGAAGACUCAAAGGGGAAUAAUGACAUAAGUGACAAUGUCAAAGGUGUUGCACAAGCUAGGCGAUGCCCUGCCAGAUGAGCGGCCUCUGUUGUCACUGCAAAUUGUGGAGAGUGUGGCCAAGUGUCCUGCUGGAUACCGUCUAGUUAAUCGUACCUAUGAUGAGGAUGCAGAUGCAGGCCUUAUGCGCCAAAAUGGACUGUUUGGCAAGAAACCCAGCCAUUACAUCUGUCUGUCAAAAUCUGAAGGUGUGCCCGGGUAUGUGAUGGACGGCGUGGUGGUGGUGGGCGAGCGGGAGCCGGCCCCUGCGGGGUACAGCGUGGCGGGGCGCGCGGGCAAGCGGCGGCUGUGCACGCGCGUGUCCCGCCCCUCCGCCGCGCCGCGCCCCGCCGUCACUGACGUCAUCGUCUGCUCCAAGAUGCGGCAGGCGCCUCACGGGUUCCUGUUAGCCGGCGAGAUCAACGGUAAGAUGGUAUGCUACAAGGUGAGCGGUGGUAGCGCGGACACUUCACCCACACACGCCCCCAACGACUACGAGAACGUCGUCACUGAUGUCACGCCGGACGCAAACAGGAGGUUACGACCUGCGCCCGAACGGCCGCCUAAACUAUCACCUUUAAUAUCGGACCUUAACAACUUGAACCUCAAGUCUCCUGGGGCGGAGUUCACCAGUGACCAUGACUACGAGGCGCUCAGUCCCGCGUACCAAGUGCGGCCGGCGCGCGCCGCCCCCCGCCCGCCCGCCUCGCCCGCCCCCACGCCGGCCAAGCACAAGGGCCCCGCCCCCCUACCCAGGAACAAUUAUCAGACUCUGGGCUGGUACGAUAGCAUGGAGGGAGUGCCGCUCGUGCUCAACCCGAAACUCAGGGGUCUGCCGGAUGAUCACGUGGUGAGUUUUUAUAUCAAUACCAGUCAGAUUUAAAAAUUUCAUAAUUUGGAUUUCAUUAGUAUGCCUUAGGUAGUGUUAAAAGUUUUCCAAACUGUAUACAAUUUAUACAAUUAUAUUAACAGUCAGUCUGAUAAAUUAAACCUUGGAUUUAUAAUAUAAGGAGCGGAAAAUAUGUAUUUUCAUUUUUAUUUUAUAGUUACAUCCGGUUUCUGAAUUGAGAAUUUAAAGUUAAGAACGUCGCAACCUGUAUUUAAACAGGUUUUCGUUUUUGAUUUUAGUUUUUAAAACUUGAGAGAAGUAAAAAACUUGAGUAUUAUUAUUUAUUACUGAGAAUAAUCAUUUGAGAUUUUUUAAUAAAAAAACGCGAAUAUUCCACCAUAAGCAUGCUAAAAUGUCUUUUGUUCUUGUAUAUAACGAACGCGUCGAUUAUAUUUUAGAGUCAACUACCGGUAGUGACGCGACGCACUCGGUUCGACUUGGACCGCGACUACUCGUACAGUUUCACAACCGAGCGCCAGACGUGAGACCAUCCAUACUACGGAAUACAGGAAAUUAUUGUUAAGCUAACUACACCACUCGACUGUUGCACGUUAUACGUUCUCAGAUUCACAUUACAUUUUUGACGAAAAAUGAAAUUGAGUUCCUUCUUUAUCGAAGGUGAGUUUAUUUUAGUUUAUACUCAUUUGUAUCAUCGAUGUAUUGACUUGUGUUCAUAACUCAUGGUUCUCUAUAAAAGUUUCAGUAUUUCAACUAUGAGACUCCAUGUUGAUGUACGGUUCUUAUUUUAUAAUGGUUGUGUAAUAUACAAUUUAAAUAUUCCCUAAUGUAAAUUUAUAUUAAUUGGUAACGUUUCGAAGCGCAAAUCUCUCGACGACUAUGCUCAAUAUUGUUCAUUCAUACAUGUGGUAUAGUAACAGAGCUUUAAUGGAUUUAUAGAGUUGGUAACUUGUGUAAAACUAUGAAUUAUAGCAAUUUCUGAAUGUAGUUAGGUUUCUUUUCAUCAUCGGCA